GUCAAGGGCUCUACACGCAGGCAUUGAAUUCGACCAUGGCCCCCAGCCCACAGGCCCGCACAUCCCCUCUGCUGCUGCUGCUGCUGCCGUGCCUGGGAACUGGUCCUGCCUUGGGCAGAGGUCUUCCCAGACCACUGGAGAACUCAGAGCCUCACAUGAUCCCAUCAGAGCCACAGACCUUUGACCUCUUCUGGGAGAAGCUGAGAAAUGAAAGCUCCUGGCACAAUGGUGCCCCCCAGGCCCAUGCUGAAGAGCCCAGGAGGCCGGCAAACUCUCCCCUAGGACCAGCCCUGCAUGGGCCCAACGCAGUCCCUAGGGUCCAAAGUGAAAGACUUCUGAGAGCUGAUGACCUCCAGCUGGGCCGAGCGCUCACCUCCCAAGGCUGGACAGGACCUCCUGACUCACAGGAGCUUCUGGAGCCAGAAGCACCAGAACCCCAUCCUGUGGGAGCACCCCAUCUCUCUCUUGUCCCCACAACUCCCAGCUCUCUGCCUUCGGCAGCCACACUUGCCACUGCCUUACAGAAGCCUGGAGGCCCAGCAGGACAGCAGCCAGCUAGGGACAAGGGGCUAGUGGCCAAAGCUGAGACCCACAUCACACAGACUUCCCCCUGGGACUACUGGGGCUCUCCACAUACUCUGGCACCCGAGACAGAUGCUGUGAGGACGCUAGUGUUGGGGAAGCAGGGCGGACAUGAACAGGGUUUCCAGGAGGCUGUUCAGGGCCCCCUACUCACCCAACAGGAUCCAGUAGCCCCCGAGGUUGGCUCAACACCCCCAGUUAAGGUGGAAUCCACUCCAGACCCUAGAGCCCAGCUAGACCUGGCAUUGGCCAGAAGCCUUCCUCUUCCUGAAGAGCUGCCAGCUGAACCCCCAAAAAAAUCUGGAGCUGGGGAUACCUGGGAAGUCAGCUCCCUGGGACCCCAACCUGAACAGACUGACCUCCUUGGAGGACAAGAUUACCCAGCACCCCGGCCUAUUCCACCCUCAGCCUCAGACACUUCAGAUGGGCACCUAAGACCAGCAGCAGCCUCCGUGAACGGAGUAGACCCCAUUUCUCCACAACGCGUGAGAGGAGCAAUGGACGCCCCAGGAACCCCCAAGUCCUUCAUCCCUGAUCUCCCAAACUCUGCUCAAGCUCCAAACGGAACGGAGAGCCCUGUGAGGGCUCUGCAGCCAGAUGAAGCCGAGGAAUGGCCGGGUCGCCCACAAAGCCACCCUCCAGCACCCCCUGUCCAGGCUCCCUCGACAUCUCGGCGUGGUCUCAUUAGAGUCACCACACAGAGAGCUCUGGGCCAGCCACCCCCUCCGGAUCCCUCAGCCAGCUCCAUGGUCCCCAUCCCAGCUUCUAGCCCCCCAGCCAAUGCCACUGCACCUCCCCUGCGUUGGGGACCUCUUCGGCGGGUGCUGAGUUUUUCCUGGGAGCUUCAUGUUUAUGGGGUGGGGGUGCUUUUCCUGCUUCCAGCAUUAUUGGCAUUGGUCACACUGGCAGCCGCCCUAGCUGGACCCCGAUUGGCACUAGUGGCUGCUGCACUGGUGUUGGUGGCUUCAGGGCUGAGAUCUGCCUACAUGCUCACCGAUCCUUAUGGCUCUCAGGCACGACUGGGUGUCCGCGCAGGUCUGGUGCUAUACAACUUGCCCUACCCCUUGCUACUCACUGCACUGGCAUCACUCACCCUGCUGGGCUUGGGUGCUGGUCUGCCACAGCCUCUGCAGAAGCCGCUCCUGCUGGGAAUCGUGGCACCGGUGCACGGCACAGGUUUGCUGGCUACAGACCUGUUCUCUACCAGCCCUGUGCUCAACCUUCUAACACAAGGCUUAUCUUGCGCCUGGGGUGCGUCAGUGGCUUUGGGCACACUCUGCCUGUGCCGUCGCCGUCUGCUGGAAGGCCCUCGGGGCUGGGAUGCCAGUCCAGGCCCCCGGCUGUUGGCUGUGGCGGGCUCACUGGGGCUGUUGGCCAGUGGUCUGCAGUUGGCGGCCUCGCUCUGGCUGUACCCAGGGCCUGGCCGGGAGGGUCGCUUUUCCUGGGCUUGGUGGGGCGUGCACUUUUGGCUGCGCCUGUUGGAGUUGACUUGGGCACUGGCCCUGGCGCUAGCUGCCCUGGCCGCCACUCGUCCCAGGCCGCCCACAGAGCACGCUUGCUGGGCUAAGCUUCUGCGCCUGGCGUGCCCCGCACCCACGGGCAAGAGCGAAGUUCCCGAGAGACCCAAUAACUGCUAUGCGGGGCCCAGUGGCCUGGGCACAGGCGGCCUGGACAUCAGCAAAAGUCUCAUCCGCAACGCUGCUGGGGAGGCUGGACUUCCUGCCACGCCUGGUUCUGGACCCUGGGGUUCGGCUGCAUCUCUGGGUCGUGGUCGUCCAGGUGGCCCGGGGAUGUCCCGCGGCAGUGUGGGGCCUGCACCGUCGCUGAGCGAGCUGGAUCUGCGGCCACCAUCGCCUAUCAAUUUGAGCCGCAGCAUCGACGCCGCGCUCUUCCGGGAGCACUUGGUUCGAGACAGUGUGUUCCACCGCUGCGGUCUCCGUGGCUUGACCUCCCCGCCACCAGAGGGCGCCCUGCGGCCUCGCCGCGGCAGCCAGCCCGACGCGGAGCUCGACGGCGCGGGCACAUCCUUGCUGCGGGGCCGCUGCCGCUCGCUCAGCGAGGUGUGCUUGCGCUCGUCGCUCCCGCAGCACGUGGUGGAGCCGCCCGUCGGCGCGGCGGCCGCGGGGACUUCGGGCAGCUCCCUAGACAGCUUCUCCAAGGGCUCGCUGAAGAUCAGCUGGAACCCGUGGCGUCACGGGCUGUCUUCCGUGGACAGCCUGCCCCUCGAUGAACUGCCCAGCACCGUGCAGCUGCUGCCACCACCUACCCCAGCCCCUGCUCCUGCCCGGGCCGGGGAGCCUCAGGGCGAGGGCCAGUCGCGCUGCAAGUCCAGCGAAUCUCACAGCGCCUCCAGUGACACUAUAGAGCUCUAAGCAGCUACGGAGAGAACCUGUACCCUCUCCUCAAUGUCCACAUGAAGUGACUGAGCCAAGACAGUUGAGCAUUUGAAAAAUUGGCCCUCCGGGGCCUCCACCUGACUGCAGCUCCCGGGUCC